AUGGCCUCUGGAACUAUCGGCGAGGAGCAUGUUGAAACGGCAAAACAUGUACACACAAUCGAGAACCUACCUGAUCCCGACGCUGGACUCAGCGAAGAGGAACGCGCUGCGCAUGACAAAGCCCUCCUCCGCAAACUCGACUUCCGACUAAUCCCCUGGCUCUCCUUCCUCUACUUGAUCUCUUUCCUAGACCGCACGAACAUUGGCAAUGCGAAAGUCGAUGGCUUGCAAGAAGAUCUCAACAUGACUGACGGCCAGUACAAUGCCAGUCUAACCAUCUUCUUCGUCAGCUACUCCGUCUUUGAGCCGCUGACCAAUGUGCUGUUGAAGAAGUUACGCCCGAGUAUCUUCUUACCACUUAUCAUGAUCUGGUGGGGGAUUUGUAUGACGUGUAUGGGGUUGGUGCAUAAUUAUGCUGGUCUUAUGACUGCGCGGUGGUGGCUGGGAUGUGCUGAGGCAGGACUAUUCCCUGGAGUAAACUACUACCUGACUGCCGCUCUAGCUGGUAGUUUUGGUGGCCUACUCGCCGCUGGAAUUGCGCAGAUGGGAGGCGUAGGCGGAAAGCCAGGCUGGGCGUGGAUCUUUAUCCUUGAAGGUCUCGCCACCAUCCUCGUAGGAAUAGCAAGUUACUGGAUGGUCCACGACUUCCCCGCCGAAGCCACAUUUCUCCUCUCCCAACGACCGUGCGCGUGUCCUCCGCCGUCCUGCGCGCCCGACAAACAAGCCUCAGCUGCGCACGAAGAGUUCCAGACCAAGUACUUUUGGCAAUCCAUCAAGGACUGGAAGACGCUCAUGUUCAGCAUCAUCUACAUGGGCGCAGACGGUUCGCUCUAUGCCUUCAGUCUCUUCCUGCCCACCAUCAUUGCCGGGUUGGGCUAUAAGUCUACGACAGCGAAUCUGCUUUCUGUGCCACCGUAUGCAGUUGCAGCUGUGGUGACGGUGGUAGUGGGUUAUAUUGCUGAUCGCACGCAACAAAGGGGUUACUGCAACAUGGGAGUCUCGCUCUUUGGUAUCGUGGGCUUUGCCAUGUUGCUCGGAUCUGCAAGUCCGAAUGUUCAGUACGCGGGUACAUUCUUGGGAGCUCGAAUACUAUAUCCUGGGCCGCCCAACAACGUCGAGGGCGUGUACAAGCGUGGCGUCACCCUUGGCUUUGUGAUAGGCUGGGGCAACAUCAAUGGCGUCGUUUCGUCGAACAUCUACCGCAGUAGGGAUAAGCCGCGCUAUUUCCUGGGACAUGGUUGA